AUGGCGCAGUCUACUAAACGGACCGACGAUUUACGUAUAGAUGCUUUUGAUGGUCAUUCUGAAGAAUGGACUUACUGGCUCGAACGUUUCAAGAUUGCAUUACGAAACAGAGGAAUCAAGAAUGAGGAUACAAAACGAGACUUGUUGCUAGGGAACCUUGGACCUCAACCCUUCAAGCUAGUAUUUGACCACGCACGACCUGAUCCCGUCAGUAAUCUUCACUUUACAGGAGUUAUUGAUAUACUUAAGAAAUACUACACACAAAAAUCCGCACCACUAUCACAGCGGGUUAUCUUUAGUCGCCGUUUCAGACAAGAAGGUGAAUCUGUUAGUCAUUUCGAAUUUGCUUUGCGCGAAAUUGCAGGUCUCUGUGACUUUAGUGACAACUUAGACGAACAGCUGAGAGAUCAGUUUGUUCUGGGCAUCAACAAUGAUCGCUGGCAACUUGAACUUUUGCGCUUACAUGCUACGACAGAUACUACAUUUGAACAAGUCACAAACACCGCUACUUUAUUGGAAAAUGUUGACAAUCAACAGUCACAAUUCCGUAAUACACGUUCAGUCAACAGAAUAAGCAACAGGAACAAGAAGAAUGCUUUCGAAACGAUACCGUUGAAACAAGAAACAAAAGGAAACACUUCGAAACAAAACAUCUUACAUCUUAACAAGAGAACUGACUGCAUUCGGUGUGGUUACAAGAAACAUACACAAGGAACGAGCUGUCCCGCUGUCGAUGCCACUUGCAACGCCUGUGGAGGACUGAAUCAUUUUGCACGCACUUGUCUUAAAGUGGGUAAUGCAGUCAUUAUCAAAGAAGUUUUCAGUCCCUCUUUAGGUACGAUUAAAAAUCACAAGGUAUCUUUUCACAUGGCUUCAAAUGCAGCUCCUGUAGUUUCAAAACCACGGCCAGUUCCUUUUGCUUUACGGGAACCUGUGGAAAAUGAAAUUCAACGAUUAGUAGACAGUGGAGUUUUAGAACCAGUCGAUGCCAGGAAUGAACCUAUCAUUUGGGCUUCGCCCAUAGUAAUAGUGGUAAAACCGUCUGGAGCUAUCCGCAUAUGCGCGGAUUUCAAAAAUACUAUAAACAAACAUAUGCUCCCCGAUAAAUAUCCUAUGCCUACAUUCGAAGAGAUCACCUCAAAACUUACAGGUGGCCAGGAAUUCUCCGUCAUAGAUCUCAAAGAUGCAUAUCUGCAGAUGGAGGUCGAACCAUCGGCACAACAGUACCUGAUUAUUUCUACUCACAAAGGAUUUUUCAAGUACAAACGCUUACCCUUCGGAAUCAAAAUUGCCACCGGGGUUUUUCAAUGCAAGAUGGAUCAAGUACUGGCAGGCUUACAUGGAGUCGCUUGUCUCCUUGACGACGUCAUAGUCACAGCCCCAACGAGAGAGGAACAUAUAGAACGUGUCAAAGAAGUGUUAAGACGUUUUCAAGAAUCUGGAAUUCGUGUCCAGACAUCAAAAUGUAAAUGGUUUCAAGAUUCCGUUAACUAUUUGGGUCACAGAAUUGAUAGAGCUGGUAUACAUCCAACGACAGAACAUCUGGAAGCAGUGAAAAACAUGCAAUCACCGAAAAAUGUGAAAGAGUUAAGAUCAUUUCUUGGGUCGAUCAAUUACUACAGUAAAUUUAUUCCCCAUUUACAGUCCUUGUGUGUUCCAUUACACAAACUGCUAAAGAAAGGCGUGAAAUGGCAUUGGAACGAAAACCAUGAACAGGUAGCAGCAAAAUUGAGGCAUCUUCUUACUACAACAGACACGUUGGCUCACUAUGACGAAUCCCUACCUCUCAUCCUCGCAACUGAUGCGAGUGAUAUUGUUGUUGGAGCUGCUCUUUUCCAAAAGUAUCCUGAUGGGACUGAAAAACCUUUAGCUUUUGCGUCAAGGCGCCUUGAUCAUGCUGAGUGCCGAUACAGCGUGAUAGAAAAGGAGGCGUUAGGUUUGGUUUUUGGAGUAACUCGUUUUGAACAGUACCUUUAUGGUAGACAUUUCGAAGUUCGAACGGACCAUAAAGCAUUGGUUAAAGUCUUCGGUGAACAUGAUUCAAUUCCGAAGGUAGUUUCAAAUCGAAUCGCUAGAUGGGCAUUAACACUGAGUGCCUAUGACUACUCGAUCAACUAUCAACAGGGCAAAGAUAACAAAACAGCCGAUCUAUUAUCAAGAUUUCCCUUGCAAAAUACGAUAAAAUCUACAGAGGAAGACCAGGGUGGCAGUAACAAAGCACACCUUUUCCAUUUGCGUUCACAGGAUCUACCAAUAUCGACAAAGUGUUUGCAAGAAGCGACAAAAACUGAUCCAAUACUUUCAAAAGUAGUAAACUAUUUAAAAAGGGGUUGUUGGCCUUUGGAAAAUAAUGAAGACACUAACCUACAACCGUACUACAGCAAACGUGAAGAACUUUCCUUUGAGAAUGGAAUUCUACUUUGGUUUGGGAGAUUGGUCAUACCUGUGAAACUUAGAUCAAGAGUGAUGGAAAUACUACAUGAGGGACAUCCAGGUAUUGUAGCUAUGAAAGGGAAGGCACGUUUUCAAGUCUGGUGGCCUAAACUGGACAAGGACUUGGAAGAACACACUAGACAUUGCAAUGGAUGUCAAGAAAACAGAAGCAAAGAUCCUGAAAUGCCGUUAUUCUCAUGGCCUGUUCCUGGAGAAGUUUGGUCACGGAUCCACAUCGAUUUUGCCGGACCCUUCAUGGGGAAAAUGUGGUUGAUUGUAGUAGAUGCUCGGUCAAAAUGGCUUGAAGUAUUCCCGAUGUCGUCAACUUCAACAAAGUCAACGAUCAAAGCUUUAGAAGAGUUAUUUUCAAGAUUUGGCUAUCCAAGGGUAAUUGUAAGCGAUAAUGGACCACAGCUAACAUCCUACGAGUUUCAAACCUUUUGUAAGAGCCUAAACAUUAAACAUGCUCGAAUCACCCCCUAUCACCCAAAAAGCAAUGGGUUAGCGGAACGAUGUGUUCGUACAUUCAAAGAACGCAUGAAUGCUUCAAAAGGAAAUGCUGGGACUUUCCAAGAAAAACUCAACAGCUUUUUAUUUGCUUACAGAACGUCACUGAGAAGAUCUACUGGAAAAACUCCAGCAUUUAUGAUGUUUGGUCGCGAAUUACGCUCCAAAUUAGACAUGUUGUUUCCUGACGUUGAGCAGAAAAACGACGAAGAGUUGGUUCAACAGCGGCUACAAAAACCUGGAUCAAAAGAAAAAGUUUUUAAAGAGGACGACAAUGUAUGGGUACUAGACAAAUCUGGAGCUGGGUUCAAGAAAGGAACGAUUGUGAAAGUGAAUGGUCCUUACUCAUAUGUAGUAAAUACAAAUGGACUAAAUAGACGAUGCCACGCAGAUCAACUUCGUCUGGCUUAA